AUGCGGUUGUGGCUUACAGACCAUCCUGAGCUAAGGAAUGGAAUAGGGGCCUCGGGCAUCAGGAGGGACGAGACCCCUCCCCCCUCUCCAGACUCCCGAGAGCCGCAGUGCCGCGCCGUUUGGAAAGGGGUAGUCCGCCCCGGAACCGACGUGAGCUGCCCCGGGGCGGGGUCCGUGGAGGUGGCUUGGGGAUCUCCCCUCCCUGAAUUCCGGCCCGAGGUCUCCUCACCCCAGCCAGGGUUCGCACCCGCUGCCUCCACAUCCACCCCCCCGGAACGCCCCCUCCGCUCCUCCCCGUCGGCCCCGCGCCCGCUCCCUCCACCUCCUUCCCCCGCCCACCACCCCCCCGCGGCGCUGCUCCGGUUCCCCCUCCCCAUCUCCCGCCCCCCGCCCCCCGCCCCCCCCGCGGCGCGGCUCUCACGCGCAGCCGAAUUCGGCGCCGCCUCCAUCAGAGCCGAGCCGGCGGCUCCGCUGAGCAGCCGCUACUGCCGCCGCCGCCGGGUCCUCCGCGUCUCCUCCCCGUCCCGCCCCCCAGCCCCUGGCGCCCCGCGGCAGUCUGCGCCGCGGGGCGGAGAGUGGGCGCCGCCGCCGUCGCCGCCGCCGCCGGGAGAGCCGGCCUCGGUCCCCGAGCCCCCACGCUACCUGCCACCGCUGCCCGCGCCGCCCGCGUCCCCCGAGCGCGCCGCGGGACCAGACGAACCGCCGAAGGAGGUGGUCCCGCGGCGCCGGGGCGCGGACGAGCUGCCGCCGCCGCCGCCGGCGCCCCUACCGCCCGCGGGCCAGGAGGUGUCGGCGGCUGGCGACUCCGGGGAAGGUCCGAGGCGCCUUCCGGAGGCGGCGGUCCCUGAGGCGGCGGCGGCUGGGAAGGGCGUCCCCGGGGAGCCUGAGGCCGGCGCGGGCGGGGAGGGCGAGCGGCGGGGCGCCGGCGACCAGCCCGAGACGCGCUCGGUGUGUAGCAGCCGCAGCAGUAGCAGCGGUGGUGGCGACCAGCGCGCCGGGCACCAGCACCAGCACCACCAGCCCAUCUGCAAGAUCUGCUUCCAGGGCGCGGAGCAGGGGGAAUUAUUAAACCCCUGCCGCUGUGAUGGGUCAGUUCGGUAUACACAUCAGCUGUGCCUGCUGAAGUGGAUCAGUGAGAGGGGUUCCUGGACCUGUGAGCUCUGCUGUUACAGAUACCAUGUCAUAGCCAUUAAAAUGAAACAGCCUUGCCAGUGGCAAAGCAUUUCUAUAACACUGGUUGAGAAAGUUCAGAUGAUUGCUGUAAUCCUAGGAUCCCUGUUCUUAAUAGCGAGUGUGACCUGGCUCCUUUGGUCAGCCUUCAGCCCCUAUGCAGUGUGGCAGAGGAAGGACAUCCUUUUUCAAAUCUGCUAUGGAAUGUAUGGUUUUAUGGAUCUAGUGUGCAUAGGUCUCAUUGUCCAUGAAGGAGCUGCAGUUUACAGAGUAUUUAAGCGCUGGCGAGCUGUUAACUUACACUGGGAUGUACUAAAUUAUGAUAAAGCCACAGACAUCGAAGAAAGUAGCCGGGGAGAGUCUUCCACAAGCAGGACUUUAUGGUUGCCAUUGACGGCUCUGCGGAACAGGAACUUGGUCCACCCAACACAGUUAACUUCCCCGAGGUUUCAGUGUGGCUAUGUGUUAUUGCAUCUGUUCAAUCGGAUGAGGCCCCAUGAAGAUUUGUCAGAAGAUAAUAGCUCAGGGGAGGUUGUGAUGAGAGUGACUUCUGUGUGACACAAGUGUAAGGCAGGGUGGUGUAGACCACCCUGCACAUUUUGGAAUGUAAUUGCAAUGAAUGGUGAAACCAUAGCACUUCUAAAAACACACAUCUAUGAACUUUUUAAAAUUUAUGCUUUUUAUAUGAACAUUUG